AUGCCCUGGAGAUCGAUUGUGGGAAAUUUCUCGAAACCGUUUCGAAAGAACGGUCAUGUGGUAUCCAAGAAGCCGGAGGAUGGCAAAAUUCAAGUUAUCUCUGAUGGGAAAAUAGACCCAUUACCGUCGUCGCUAGUCCAUCAAACUGCCAGAAUAGCUAAACCCCUCGGCGAGGAUGCAGAGCAACAGUGCGUUCUCGGACAAAACCGGACGAAUAAUGGCGAACUGCACACAAUUGAGUCACUAUGGGAUCGUGCGUAUACUGCUCUUAAAACAAAUGAUGCGAAAUUGGUCGAAAAAUACGAAACAUACGAAUCGAAUUCUUCGAAUGAUUCGACAUCUAUGAUAUCUGGGCAAGAUAAUGGAAACUUGGACGGCACCGAGAAUCGAAUCGAGCAAGCAAAUCCGUCACAACGUCGUGAGCAACUGGAGGCAAUAAUCAACAGCGGCCUUCAACAGGCGGACGAAAAUAAGAACACAUAUACCAUUUUUGGUCAUGAAUUUACUCUCCAAGAUCAAAUUUCACAAGCUGCGAAAUUGGUCCAGUGGGUGAAAGGCGUGAUAGAUGAAGCUGUCAAGGUUUCGCCGGAGGUGUCGAUAGCCUGGGCCGGCGUAUCUCUCAUCUUGCCUAUUCUGACACAUCCAACAGAAGCAGAGCAAGCACGUUGCAAUGGUUUCAUAUAUGUUAGAGCCAGAAUUCGCUUCUAUAUAGCCGUUGAACCUCUGUUACUGUCGCAGAAUCAGUACUCUGCCGUUGCUGUAUCUGGCCCUUUGAAGUCAGAGUUCGAGUCGCAUAUCGUAGAGCUGUACCAGAACAUUCUUGAGUUUCAAUUCAAUAGCGUCCUGCAUUUCUAUCGAAGCCGGAGGAGGAACUUUGCUCGAGGCCUGAUCAACGACAUCUUCAAGUCAGCGAAGAGCAUCUUGAUAUUGUAUCGAGACAACUUCAAUACGAUGAACAGCAGGUACAAAUACUCAAAGAUAUUGCCCAAGACACGCAAAAGAUAA